AUGAACAUAUUUUCUAACUCUUCAAAAAAUUCCAAAUCAAAUAAAUUCAGAGAUGGCAACCUGCUAACAUGUAAAUAUACUAUGUGCUUUAACAAGACGUUCAAGAAGGACAUUUCGUUUAUUCAGAUUUUAUUUCCGUCCUUUACUGUGAACAGCAUCACCACUUUUUUUUUCCUGUUCCUGUAUUUGACCUUCUUCAUUUUGAAUGUGUGCAAAUUUGAUAAGCAGGCCCCGCUCUAUCUGAACGAAACUGUGCUGAAGCAAUAUGGCAUGAGUAGGAAUUCCGUUACGAACAAUCACCAGUACUACAAAUUACUGACGGCCACCUUUUUCCACUCCAACGUUUGGAGCUUAAUAAUUAAUGCCUACUAUUUCAUGAACAUCGGGAUCAUCGUCGAGAAGAGCUACGGAAAGGCACAUUACAUGGCGAUAAUGCUUGUAAGUGCUCUGUGUGGGAACUUCAUCCUCUGUGCUACUUCCUAUUGCGGCAGCGUGCAAAUGGGAAUCAGCACCAUUUUGUCCGGAUUCAUGGGCCUCUUUCUGCAGGAAAUUGUUGAGCACUACAAGCAGUUGACAGAAAAAUGGAGCAUCAUUGUGAACUACAUGUAA